AUGACGCCGAAUUCCCGGUGCCUCCGUCAUUCCCGCCGGCUCCUCUGCCCUUGCCAGCAGGUGUCAGUGGUUCCCUACGGAAGCGGCACUGGAAAUGCCAAGCCAGGAUCCGAAAGGGCAGAGCCGCCGGCUCCGACGCCCCUUCCUCCUCCUCCUCCUCCUCCUCCUGGUGUCCAGGACAAGCGCCCGGAGCCCCGGGGCCUCCCCGCAGGAUCCCGCUGGGGAAGGGGCCCCGGGCGGAGGAAAACCAGGACGACGGCGCCCGCCAGCGCGGGCUGCAGCAACAGCCGCAAAACAGCGCCGCGAAAACAACCCCCGGCGCCGCCUGCGCCGCCGCCGCCGCCUGUUUCUCGCGAGAGGGGAUUGAGCAACCGCGACGCGGCCAGCGCCAAAUCCGCCUUGGCAGCCGGAACUGAAGGGAAAUGUUUUUUGGGGAAAAAGCAACGCACUGAGUUCCUCCUGGUACCGAUUUGCCGAAAUAUCCCGGCGGAGCCCGGCUCUCCGGCUCCCGGGAGGGAAUUCCCAAGGGCUUUGGGUGUGUUUGUGUCCUCCUCGGAGGAGGCGGGGAAUAACAAAUGGGAUUUGAGCCGGUUUUGGCGCUUUCCUCGCUCCUAA